AUGCCUUUCAAAAAAAAUAAACAAUCCUUUCGGCAAAAGUUUGGUGGAACUUAUCCCUCUUUUUCUUCUUUAUUAAGAUUUCCAAAUGAAAUUUUGUCUAUAAUAUUUGAGGAAAUUGAUGAUAUCCCAACAUUAAUAAAUUUAAGUAGUUUAUGUAAAAGAUUCAAACUUAUUGCAAAUAAUUGCCUCAAAAAAUUAUUCCGGAAUAAAAAUGUUAGAUUACAAUUUUAUUUCGAACAAGAACAUAAAUUAAAUUUUGAUAUGGAUUUCUUUUUUGAACAAAUGGAUGAAAAAACGGGAAAUUUCAUUUUUCAACCUAAACAAAUGAAACAACUUAAAUUUUAUAGUGAUCAAUUUAUUAGAAACCCCACACUUUGGCAAAUGAUCUUUAAUAUAUCAGAUAAUGAGGAUGAUGAAAAUAAUAAUAAAUUCCCUAAAUUAAAUAAUCCAAAUUAUCCUUUUAAUUAUAAUUUAUUACAAAAAUCUUGUAAAUUGUCCAUAAAAACUCCAAACAGUACAUGUCGAAAAAUCAAAGAAGUUUAUCGAGUAGGAGAUGGGACAACACAUUUGAAAGUUCCUUAUAAAUUUUCUUACUUAACCGAAAAUCCACCUGCUUCAUCAUCACCCGAAAAAAUACGAGAAAGAUGGAUUGUACCUUUGUCAUUUGAAUGUCCCACAAGUUUCUUUUAUCCCAACUCAACGAAGUUACAUAGAAUUGUGAAUUCCAUAAUGACGAAUACCAAAAAUAGAUCACCAAUAAAACGUCAAAAGACCAUCAUAGAAGAACAUAAUAUUACUUCACCAUUAAAUGUAGAAAUGGGUGCACCCAUAAUAAUACAAAGACCUGAAAUUAAAGAAAAAAAAUCAUUCAAAUUUAAAUGGAGUCGUGGAGUAAGAAGUUAG